GGGCGCCAUCAAUCAAUCACCAUCAUCACGUUGAUUUGAUUGGAUCAUCAUGAGCUCCGAGGGGUACGAGGAGGCAAUGGAGGCCGCCAGGGAUGAAGAGCAACAGCAAUCAGACCAAGAGCCGCAGGAACCCCCAGAUCAGCUCACGGUGGCAGGCAUGCUGAUUGAGGAGUAUGGGGCGGCGGACCUGAGUGAGUAUGACUACGACGACCCGGAAUAUGAGCGACUUCUCGGUGCCUCUCAAACCCUUCCCGCGGUGCUGCAGCGCGUCUUUGGUCCAACCCACGGCGUCUGCAACAAGCAAUGGGGUCACAAUGAGAUUGCCUACCGCUGCCUGGACUGCCAGAAGCUGGAAGUGACAGCCUUCUGCCCUACCUGCUUCCUCGAAGGCGGCCACGAGGAUCACCGGUAUGUGAUGUACAUGAGCUCCAGUGGCGGCAGCUGCGAUUGUGGCAUGUCCACCGCCAUGGACACCCGCUUCUGCUGCCCGAACCACAGCCCACAGACGCCGGACACAGGUGCACUUGAGCGGGAUAUUGCUGCUGGCAAGCUCGACGCCCUUCGCGCGUGCUUCAAAGAGCACCUCCGCUUUGCCCUCACAGAUCACCGCCCCUCCAUCCAAUUCCUGCAGGAAAUGGCCGAUUUGCACUGGGCCCUGCGCUGCAUGAUCUGGCGAUGCGUGCGGGACCUUGAAGCUGAACAGGGGUUCGACUGGGUUGAGAGAGCGGUCAGGCUGGCCAUCUGCAGUGAGCUGCGCGCAUCAAUCACCGUGCUACUCGUCAGCCUCAUCCCCACCCCAGAGAUGAAGGCUCGCCUCACACGCGUCGUCAUGGACAAAUAUCACGAGUUGAGUGAGUUGCACAAACACGCAACGGAUGUCAACGAGAUGAACAGCGAGCACCUUCGUCUCACCGUCCAGAUCUUCUCCAGCCCGGGCGAGUUGCUGCCAUACUUGCUGGAGCGCAAUCUUCUUCGUUUGCUGCUGGACAACCUGGCUCGAUUCAUGCAGCCGUCGCUGUGCCCUCGCCCACACGUUCAAGGCAACGCUGCUUCCGCCCCGGCCACUUUCGCUGCCCAGAGUUCGCUCUUCACAGAGGGGCGCUUCUGGCCGCUCGCAUUUGACAUCAAAGACUACAUUGCCUACGACCACAGCGUUGCACGUGACUUCCUCACCAACCCUGAGACGGUGCAGUCGUUUGCUGAUUUGUGCACGCUUACGGAGCUGGCCGAUGUGAACAUCCGCAAGCGCGACAUGUUCGUGCUCUUCGAAUCGGACCGCAAGCAAACUUACAACUUCUUCACGUUCUACUCCACGUGCUUCUACACGCUGACGUGCCAUGCGUACUUCUUCCUCUGGUCUCCAGCCGUUCAAGAAGAGUUGGCAGCGCCAGACGCAACACUCACCAAGACCCUGGUGGCAACCCUGUGUACGUGCUACGCUGCACUGCGCACCGUACUCGAGAUCCCCUUCGCGUUCCCGAGCGAGGACGUGUACACGACGUGUCUUCCGUUUCACCGACACAUUGCCGUCAUUCUCGGUGCCAUCUGCAGACACGCCAGCAUCGACCAGUUCAAGAAUGUGCUGGCAGAGAUGGGCAAGGCGAGCUCGUCGCAUCCGCCGCAGUCACCGAUCGAGGUUGUGCGCGCGCUGUCUGUGUGGCCGCUCCGUAUCUUCUCCGCUCGCGCCCGGCAGCGCAUCGGCCUGUGGAAGCGAAACGGUGCCAAGCCCCACCUUCAGAUGCUGCUGUACACGUCGUCAGAAAUGCCCAACGUCGUGUUUGCGGACCUGUUCCUUGUGCAGCUGUGCGCGGAGCUUGAAGGCACGGACGAGUACAUUUCCCGCGUGCAGACAUCUUUCCUCCACGACACGCCCUGGCUCGACGUGCUCGGUGGUGACGCAAGCGUUGACGAAGCGAUGGCGGGCGUUGAUGAGCUUGACCGCCUCUCCUUUGCGGCACUGCUCACAGACAUGCAGCGCUUCCUCCUCCUCAGCGUCCAGGACAACCCCAUUGUCACAGGCAACUUCCAGACCCUCAUCGACCACAAGGUGCAAAGCUUCCUUGCCCUUGGUCGCCAGAAAGGCAGCAGCAUCGACGCGUAUGCUUUUCGGGAUCCGCAAAUCAGCUCCCACGCGGCUGUUCGUGCCGCCAUUGAGCGCGUGGCAGAGUUCCAUCCAGCGACCGUUUCCCACGGCAACAUGCGAGAGGGCUACUUUGAAAUGAAGAAGGAAAUGUGGGCGGACAUCAACUGGCCGCUCAUUGCAACACUUGCCACGGAUCUCCGAAAGAUGAACAACAUGAUUGACAACUUCAACACAGCCAUGAAGCUGCCUGGUGAUGAGGUCACCGAGUACCACGAAGUGCGGACUGGCUCAAUCAUGUCAUUGUCCCCUGUCCUUGCUUCACCAGCCAUGCUGUCCACACAGCUCAACCUGCUGCGGGCCAUGCUGUCAUUGAAAGGCACGCCAAGCUACUCCCCGUCUGUCGUCGGCGCGUGCUUGUCCUUCAUCGCCGCGUCCGUGUUUGUACGCAGUCGCAACCAGGCCGCACGCGUGGAUGAGAGGGAUGACAACGACGACGAUGGUGAUGAUGCGAGCAAUUGUGACGAUGGCAGUGGCCUUUCGGAUCACGACGAGCGCCUCCUGCGCACUCUCGUGGAGCAGAUGAUGACGCAGUUCAAGAACACCACGCCGCUGCAGGGGUUCCUCACGUCGCUGUCGCGCGUGCCGGCUCUGCGCGAGUUCAUUGCUGCGCUGCGCGGCGAGAACGACGAAGACAGCGAGGAGAGCGAUGGCGCCAAGACGAAGAAGCAGCGGAAACGCGCCAAGAAACGCCAGCAGAAACUACUUGAUAAGAUGCUGCAGCAAUCCACCGCCUUCAUGAAGCACCGUAUGGAGCCUGACAGCAGCGAGGAUGAGAGCGACCACAGCCGCCAUCAUUCCCCCGACAGAACAGAGCCUGUCAUCAAGCCUCGCGCACCAAAGGCAACGUGCGUUGUGUGCCAGCGUUCCAUCACCACCCAGCGUGGCGCGUCCAUGUUUGGCAUCUACUCCAUCCCUGUCAGCGAGCAGUGCCAGCAACACAGCAACAGGGAGCUUCUGCAGCCCUUGUCUGACGCGCGCGAACCACCGGAGUCGUUUGCCGUUGGAAUAACGCGUGCAGCAGGCGCAUACAAGUUCAUGCAGCUGUGCCAGCAUUACAUUCAUGACGAAUGCAAAGGGAACUUGUCACGCUGCCCCAUCUGCCAAAGUGUGACAGACCUGUGCGUGUCUGGCUGCGUCGUUCCGAAAGUGUUGGCGCAUCACCACUGUCUGAGCUUCACGGCUGGGGCACCGCGCGUGGUCAACAUCAUGCAACAGUACCGCAUGUUUGGCGCGCAAGAGACACUGCCCGUUGCUGCAGAGGCCCACAUUGCACGCGACGGCGAGUACGGCUUCUCCUCAGACGUCAUCUGGUGGCUCAGCGGACGAGCAAUUGAAUCUGCGCAAGACGAUCCUCUGCAACAGGCGUGGCUGCGCUUGCGCGACGAAGCCGCGUUCCUCCACUACCUCUCGCACACAAUUGAGACGACGGUGGAUGCGUAUCAGCCGUCAUUCUCCUGCAAGUACUUCCUGUACAAGACGACGCACAUUGGCAUGCAAAACCCAGAGCAGGCCCGUUCCUUCAUGCAGCGCCUGCAGCAAAUUGAGUUUCGCUGGCUGAAUGGCGGCAUGUUCAACUACCGCACGCCGCUCGAACUCGACACGUCUGAGUUCUGCCUGACCAUCCUGUUUGGCGCCUUUCUGCACUAUCCGCUCGAGCCCGCGGACUUUGGGGCGUUUUGCCGCCUCGUCCUCGCCCACGCCGUCGCUCGCCAGUCGCUCGUCAGCGGCAUUGAGUCCAGACCCAUCGUGCCCCGCCCUGACCUGGAGAAUGGACUUGAGUUUCUCUGCUUCACCACCGCGCUGGGCGAGUGGCGGGAGGUCGAAGGCAUUCGCAUCUCAACGGCAACGGCAUUCAGCGAAGACCCACGCAUCGACGGCUCUGGCGAGAUCCCCAAGCAUCAUCUUGUCAUCCAAAUCAAGGAUGAUUCCCCCCACGAAGCGGGCCCGUUUGUGAUCGUGCUGAGGAACCCAUCGCUCAUUGAUGUGCAGUGCUGCUACGUUGCCAAAGGCCUGGACAAGAAGACGACCGUGCCCCUGCCAUUUGAUCCCUACAAGAUUGGCAAAGUCACACUCUGGCCGGCGGAAGCACAAGAUGGUCCGAUUUCAAAGCCUGCCGACAAGCCCGUCCCAAGCACAGACAGGCCAGAGGGCGCGAAGGAAGACACAAGCGCUGGCAAUGACGACACCACCCGUGACAACAGCGAUGAUGACAGCAACGCGAGCGCCGUUGCCGCUACAACUGCAAUCACAGAUGCGCUGUCUGCCCGCAUGGAAGCAACAAACUCAACGCCACCACCAGCUCCCUCGUCAAGUGCACCUGAGGCGGCAUCAUCAUCAUCAUCAUCAACGUCGCCGUCAACAUCGUCACCGCGCCUGCCGCCCUCCGUUCGAGCGGCAGUGCUUGGCCGGCGCCUCGCGUGCCCGUCGAAACCGUUUCCGCACGUGUCAGGCCGCGCCGGCGCACCCGUGAUUGACCGAUCGGCCGUUGACGACCUCGUCCACGCCAUGCUGACGGGCGACGACACGAAGAUCACGGACGACGAAGUGGAGGCAUGCAAACGCGCGCUGGACAAUGACGCAAACACAAUCUGCAAGGCCGUGGAGCACGCCCUGCGUUUACUCGUCGUCCUCAAGUGCACCCUCUACGAGACACGGCUGUGCGUGCCUGAGUCUGUGCGCUGCGACUCGCCCUCCGUCGUUGACAUGUUUGUCAACUUUCUCGAUCUCAAAGACACGUUUGCGGGUGUCGACUGGAGCGACGCGUCGAGUCUGCGUGCGAAGUUGCUGGAGCCAUCGCAGCUCAUCAAGGGAUGGCUGCGCGCGUUUGCGUUCCGGAAGUUUCUCUCGUACGAGCACAAGUCGACCGUGGGCUGUGCUCAAGAACUGCCAAGCCGCCAUCCACCAGAAGUGCCUCGUCUCCUCCAGCCGCCACCAACAUUUCAGAAGUUCCACGCGAAGUACAGCAAGGAGGAGCGUGUGGUCGUGGAAAAGGCCGUGUGCCUGUUGUGUGGAGACUGCUACGCCCUCGAGGAAGACGUCCCUGCCCCCCUUCCGCCUGUGCCGCACACGGAGGCGUGCUGCCCGCUCUACAUGCAACGCAGCAAACCCGUCGCUUUUUUUAAGAAGGGUGAGCGUCACCACGCCUGGGGAACGUUUUACCUUGAUGAGCACGACGAAGAAGACAGGCGACUCAUACGGGGUCGAAAGCUGCUCCUGAAUCCGCAGCGCCUGAGUCUUCUGCACGAGGACUGGCUGCGCCAUCGCGUCGAUUUCCCGCCCGCAAACGGCCGCGCAUGAGCUUGCAUUUCGUGUUGCAACAAGUCGGUGGUUGUGUGGCGUGCAAACCUUCGUGGUCUUGCCUUCCCGAAAUUCUCCUUUCUCCCUCAGCGCCCCCCCCCCCUCUCGCUCUUCCCCUUCUUUCCCACCCUCCAUUUGUGCCUUUCAUUAGCGUGUGAUGCAUUGUCUAUUGGUUCGUGUAUCCUUACUGUCUGACUAAACGUCCCCAUAACCAUAAAGGCACACCAAUCCA